AGGUAACUUUUAAAACAAAAAAAUAUUUCAACCUUUCAAAAACCAGAAUGGCGAGGAGAGAAAGAGAGAGGGCAAAUAAAAUUUAACAGCCCUCUCCAUCUCUAAUCUCUCCACACUCUCAAACCAAACUAGCGCAAAAUUUCACUGAUUAUUGAAGUUUUGAUGCGAAGAUUGAAUGCCCAUUCACCUUCAUCAUCACUUGAUCCAAAACCAGAAAAAAUGGAUUCGGUAAAAUCUCGAUCUAUUAACAAUUUACGAAAUUGGAAAAAAAUCAGAGACAAUCUCUCAAUUUUCGUUGCGUUUUCAGUAAUUUUUUCAGUUUUAGGUUAUUUAUUAUUAGUUUUUGUAAGAGGUGGUGGUGGUGGGGAGAAUUUGAAGAAGAAAUUUACGAUUGUGAUUGAUGGUGGAAGUACAGGAACUAGAAUUCAUGUGUUUGGGUAUAAUAUUGAUAAUGGAGGUAAACCAGUUAUUGAAUUUGGCAAAGAAGAAUUAGGUUCCGCGAGAGUUGCACCAGGUUUGUCUACUUUUGAAAUGGAUCCUGAAAGUGCUGGUAAGAGUUUGAAGAGUUUGUUGAAAUUCGGGAAGGAGAAAAUUCCUAAAGAGUACUGGGAAGAGACAGAGAUUAGGUUGAUGGCUACUGCUGGUUUGAGGAGUCUUGAAAAGGGAGUCUCUGAGGGAAUUUUGGAGUCCUGUAGAAGGGUUUUGAGAUUUUCUGGUUUUAAGUUUCAGGAUGAUUGGGCUUCUGUUAUUACUGGUUCCGACGAAGGUAUGUAUGCUUGGGUUGCGGCAAAUUAUGCACUUGGUACACUUGGAGGUGAUCCUCAGCAUACAACUGGGAUAAUUGAACUUGGCGGGGCAUCUGCUCAGGUGACAUUUGUUUCAAGUGAACCGCUCAGCCCUGAGUUUACAAGCCAAGUUAAAAUUGGGGAGUUAACGUAUAAUCUUUAUAGCCACAGCUUGCUUCACUUUGGUCAGAAUGUUGCCCAUAAUACGUUAAUGGAGUUGCUUUUUUCUAGAUUGAAAUUCUCCAGGGGAACCCUUCAAGAUGAAAUGUUUUUCGACCCUUGCACCCCUAGAGGGUUUUUAAACAGCUGGGAGGAGUCAUUACACUAUUCUCCUGUUGCUUUGAGUGAAAAGAACAAAGACUUUAGCAGUCUUCGUGCUAGGGGUAACUUUUCAGAGUGUAGAUCUGCAGCACUGAUGCUGUUACGGAAAGGAAAAGAUAAAUGCAAGUACAAGCUCUGCAACAUAGGAUCAACUUUCAUCCCAAAACUGCAGGGGAAGUUCUUAGCCACAGAAAAUUUCUUUCAUACAUCAAAGUUCUUUGGGUUACCUCCAAGAGCUUUUCUAUCAAAUCUGGCACUAGCUGGAGAACAGUUUUGUAAUGAAGAUCUGUCAACGCUGAAAUAUAAAUACCCCACUCUGGACAGGGAAGAUUUCCAACGAUAUUGCUUCUCUUCAGCAUAUAUCAUAGCCCUUCUUCACGACAGUCUUGGGGUCGCUUUGGAUGAUGAAAGGGUUGAAUAUGCACAGCAAGUUGGAGACAUCCCACUUGACUGGGCAUUGGGAGCUUUCAUCUUAGAAAGCUUAGGUGGCCGACAUGAUUGGAUCGGGAUUUUCAUCGGCAGUGACACAUCAGCCCUGUUCUCAUUCUUUGUUUUCUCAAUCAUAUUGAUAUUCACUGCAUGGUCAGUAACAAAAUGGCGUAAACCACAAUUGAAGACAAUUUACGAUCUUGAGAAAGGGCGUUACAUUGUUACACGCGUUGGUAGAUGAAUAAGCUAGGAUAGUGAAGAAGAAGCGUGUAUCGAUUUAGGUUAUGAAAGAAGAGAACAAACACAGUGAGGUAGCUAGGUACGGAGCAGCGGUUGCCUCUGCAGCUGGUUCCAACCUCCCUCUGAAUUUUGUUGUUUGCCUGACUUUCUCAUGGAGUCCAGACAUUGUAACGAUGAUUCCCUACAUUUGGGGGAGACCCAGAAACAUAGUGUACCAAAAACAGAAGUACUUAGUGUGUAACCAAAACAACAGUGGAAUGUAAUUAAGAAUUUUCAACUCUUAUACCUAAAGUUUCAAUCCUUUUGGGUCAAAA